AAGGUAGGUUGCAUCACCGCGCACAGUCUCCCCACUAACUACAAUCUGACAGUUUCUCAGGUGAGGCAUCACGCUACAGGAGCUCUUUGACUUUCUCUCGAGUUUCAGCGCGCAUUUCUCUGUGAGCCUGGGGUUGCUUAACUCAAAACCCAUUUACCAGAAGCCCUCACACCACCGCACCAUGAGCAAAAAGAAAAAGGAAUGGAGAGCGGAGAAAGAGCACUUAUUCAGUCUUGGUUUAGAGGAUAGGCGCAAAAAUAAUCGGGGAAACUAUGUGCCAUUGGACAAGAUUCCCACCUGGGCAAACCAUGACAAUAAUACAGCUACUGAGGAAGAAGAACAGAAGUCUUUCUCCUUGGCUGACAAAGUGUCUCUGUACAAAGGUGACAUUACCAUCCUGGAGGUGGAUGCCAUAGUGAAUGCUGCAAACUCUUCUCUGCUCGGCGGUGGAGGAGUGGAUGGUUGUAUACACAGAGCCGCGGGCCAUCUCCUGUAUGAAGAGUGCCACUCGUUAAAUGGCUGUGAGACUGGAAAAGCCAAAAUCACCUGCGGCUACGACCUUCCUGCUAAAUAUGUGAUCCAUACUGUCGGCCCAAUCGCCAGAGGAAACGUGGGCCAGUUCCAAAGAGAUGACCUCGAAUCAUGCUACAAAUGCUCCCUCAAGCUGAUGAAGGACAAUAACUUGAGAUCUGUGGCCUUUCCAUGCAUAUCGACAGGAAUUUAUGGUUUUCCCAAUGAGCCAGCAGCAGAAAUCGCCCUGAAGACAGUGCAUGACUGGAUCCAAAGCAACCAAGAUGAGAUCGACCGUGUCAUAUUCUGCGUCUUCCUGGAGACAGAUUAUGAGAUUUACAAGAGGAAGAUGUCAGAUUUCUUCUCCCCAGAUAAUGAUGACCAUAAGAAUGAAAAAGAUGCCAGUAUGGACCAAGAUGACACGCAGCCCGUGGGAGAAGAGGAAAAAAAUGAUGCUGCUGAUAAAAAAGGUGAAAAGCAGGAUGAAGAAAUUAUGAGCCAGCAAGAGGAAUCCCAUAAGGAUGUGACGAUGGAUAGCCAGGAACCACAAGGCAAGAGCCCUGAUGCUGAAUCCAAGGACGAGGAGAUCAAACCUCCUGAAAAGGGAGACCAUACAGAGGCGAUUUCAAAAGCAGAGAAAAAAGUUGAACAGGAGAGCGCACAAGAGAUGGAGAAGAAGGAAGGAAAGGGAGAAGACUCGCAAGCUGCAGGCAACCUAUAUGGCUGGCUGUGA